AUCGUGUCCAUCCUCUACCCGGCCACGCUGCCCGGGACGUCGACGCCGAACAAGUUCGACCUGGAGUACUACGUCUCCAAACACAUCCCGCUCGUCAAGGCGCGGGGGGCGGCGCUCGGGCUGAAGAGCAUCGCGGUCGCGAGGCUGGACCCGAGCACGGGCUACGCGGUGGAGUGUGUGGCGGUGUGGGAGAACGCGGAGGCGUUCGGGGCAGUGACGAAGGAUGAGGAGAUCAUGGGGGACGUGAGGAACUUCAGCGAGGUGCCGCCGACGGCGCGGAUCGGGAAGGUG